AGCUGUACUCAUAGUGAUCCGCAAUGUACAGGAUGUUGCAUUUCAUGAUGAGCGGGUGGCGCUAUUGACUGGACAGUGCAUCGAAAAGAACAGCAAGCUGUGGAAGUUGUCUCCGAUCAUAGACGGAACAGGAGUGAUCCGCAUGAAUGGGCGUAUUAAUAACGCAUGUUCGGUUGGAGAAGAAACCAGGCGUCCAAUAUUAAUGCCCCAAGGGCAUCACGUUACAAAAUUGAUCGUGCGACAUUAUCACGAGCUAUGGAAACACCAGAAUGAAAACACAAUUAUACCAGAAAUACGCAGAAAGUACUACAUACCACACUGCCGACAGGAGGUUCGCCGUGCAGCUAGAAAUUGUAUGAUGACUUGUAAAAUCCAGAGAGUUUCACCAAAAAUGCCAUUAAUGGGACAACUUCCUAAGGACAGACUCUCUCCGUACGUACGCCCAUUCUCAUAUGUUGGAAUCGACUAUAUGGGACCGUUUCUGGUUGUAAGAGGAAGGAGUACCGAGAAACGCUGGAUAUGCAUAUUUACAUGCCUUACAAUAAGAGCAAUUCAUUUGGAAAUUGCCAGGGACCUGACAACAGAUACGUGUCUUCGAGUAUUGCAUAACUUCAUGGCGCGGCGCGGAAGACCAGUAAGAAUCCGAUCUGACAAUGGUACCAAUUUGGUGGGAGCUGAGCGUGAAUUGAAAAGAGAAUUACAGGACCUCGAUCACAUUAGAAUAGCGAACGAGCUGUCAACCAAGCAGAUCGAAUGGCUGUUUAAUUGCCCGCUAAACCCCCAUGCAGGUGGGUGCUGGGAAAGAUUGGUACGCAGUGUGAAGAGGGCCAUAGGACACGCGCUGCAUGACAAAAACCUGAAAGAAGACAUACUGUAUAGCCUAAUGUGUAACGCUGAAAAAAUAGUAAAUUCCAGACCGCUUACACACAUUGCUCUGGAUAACCCCACAGACGAUCCGAUAACCCCUAAUCACUUUCUUUUAGGUUCUCCCAAUUCUAGCCAGACACCACAUCCACAAGAGGAGAAGUACCAGCCAACUCGAAAGGAAUGGCGCAUCGCUCAGCAGAUCUCACACUCAUUUUGGAACAAGUGGCUCAAUGAGUACCUACCAGACCUAUGCAGACGGACAAAGUGGCAUCACCCAGUGCCACCACUCGCUGAAAUGGACAUUGUUCUUAUCUGUGAUAAGAAUCUUCAUCGAUCUCAAUGGAAAAAGGGAGUUAUUCUAGCAGUCACGCCUGGACGCGACGGACAGGUUCGCUCAGCCACUGUAAAGACGACGGCUGGAGUUCUACACCGCCCAACCUGUAUGCUGGCAAAGCUAGACAUAUUGUGAAUCACGAGCGUGCUUGAUUCGCGGUGGUGUGGAUGUUGUCGAGAAAAAUUAGCUUAUAUAUACGUAGUUUUAAGCAAGGGCACAGAUACCCUACAUAAAGAAAAAAGAGAGAAGAAAAAUGGCCACACUAUGAAAAGACAAGAAGGUCACAUUAGUUUGAGCAGUCGAAGAAAGAGCGGGGAGAAAAGACGAAGCGUGCGUAGAUAUAUUACCUACAUAUAAGAAUAAAAUGUAUUAACCUCCUUUUGCAAAUAGGAAAUAAAACGCAACCAACGCCUAUGUACCUAUGAAGAUAAGCGAUUGUGUUUUAUCCGCAAUUCUCACGUUCCUGGACUCAACAGGAGGUAUCUACAAUGACUGUUUAAAUAGAGGGGUCUUAAGUGGGUAUAUGUGGCAUAUUUCAGACCGUAUAUUUUAUCGCCAAGUCACUUAGUACACUAAUUUUCUUGCCACAAUGUCUGGCUCACACACCUUGCAAAAUAUAAAAAUACUUUCCAUAGUAUUUUCCAGUAUAUUAAGGUUAUGCACUCACCCUCUUGGCCAAUGCCCCAAUGUAGAAGUCGUGUAAAAAUGCAAUUUAGAGCCACAUCGAUUAUUAAUGCGGGAAAUCAUCGAAAUCUUGAUCACUUGCCAUCAAAAUCUCAAUGUUUUCAAAAAUAUAAAAAAAAAGGAAUGUAAAAAUAUGCAUAACGGGGGUUUUUCACACUGGCGCUUCCAUGGGGCUUAUAUGGAAAAGAACGGGCCAACAAUUUUGAAAAGUACACAUAUUCCCCUUUAUAAAAAUGAUUUUAAUAUGUAGCAAAUGGGUAGUUACCAUGUAAAGAAAUAAACUUAGUGGAAAUUGUUGACAUUUUUUAUUGAAACCUUAUUUUAUAAACAAUGCCAAUAAAGAUGGUACUUAAAAUUAGCCACUUUUAUAUAAAAUUGAUUAGAUUAUCGGUUAAAAAUAUGUGUUCAGUGCUGAUAGUCGUUGCUAGCUAGUAUUCAACCGAAAGCAAUUUGAUUCAGCUUGAAUACAAAUAAUACGUCAGUAUAUUUUCGGCAUAUUUUGAAAUUUGUGACGUAGUUUCGGUAUAUUUCUGAGUGUCUGUUUACCAUUGCACGUAUGAAAAUAAAAGUGAAUAAUAAAAGUUCUCCCAAUUCUAGCCAGACACCACAUCCACAAGAGGAGAAGUACCAGCCAACUCGAAAGGAACGGCGCAUCGCUCAGCAGAUCUCACACUCAUUUUGGAACAAGUGGCUCAAUGAGUACCUACCAGACCUAUGCAGACGGACAAAGUGGCAUCACCCAGUGCCACCACUCGCUGAAAUGGACAUUGUUCUUAUCUGUGAUAAGAACCUUCAUCGAUCUCAAUGGAAAAAGGGAGUUAUUCUAGCAGUAACGCCUGGACGCGACGGACAGGUUCGCUCAGCCACUGUAAAGACGACGGCUGACGUUCUACACCGCCCAACCUGUAUGCUGGCAAAGCUAGACAUAUUGUGAAUCACGAGCGUGCUUGAUUCACGGUGGUGGGGAUGUUGUCGAGAAAAAUUAGCUUAUAUAUACGUAGUUUUAAGCAAGGGCACAGAUACCCUACAUAAAGAAAAAAGAGAGAAGAAAAAUGGCCACACUAUGAAAAGACAAGGUCACAUUAGUUUGAGCAGUCGAAGAAAGAGCGGGGAGAAAAGACGAAGCGUGCGUAGAUAUAUUACCUACAUAUAAGAAUAAAAUGUAUUAACCUCCUUUUGCAAAUAGGAAAUAAAACGCAACCAACGCCUAAGUACCUAUGAAGAUAA